AUUUAUCCUGCUGUUUGCUGUGAGGUAUGCAUCUAUUUUAACUUUAUUCUGGAUAGCUAGUUAUUUCAAUACCAUUUAUUAAAAGUCCAUUCUCUCACCCAUGGAUUUGCAGCACUACCUUUAUCAUAUGCAAAAUUUCUGCAUGUAUUUGGGUUUAUGGUUGCAAUUUCUAUAUCUUUCCAUUGUUCUCUCUCUCUUGUAAUGAACGUGUCAGGACUUCACUUUGAUUGCUGACACUUUACAGUAGGUUUAAAUAUUCACUAUACUGGUCCUGUGACUAUUCCUCUCUUUCAGGGUCUCCCAGGAUAUCAGUCCCAGUGAACCAGGUCAUGCCAUGGUGACCAGCAGCCAAAAUCUCAGCAGGGCUUACAUGGGAAAGGUGUAUUUUUUGCUGGCACUACUUGCUCCUUGCAGCUCCUGACAGAGCUGAAGCACUGCUUCAUGUCCUCUCUCCUUCAGGACCCAGCCGAUGGAGCAGGCUUUACUGGAACACUGCUGGGCAUUGUGGCGGUAGAAUGCAGUGAACCAAAUACCAGCUCUCAAAGCUCAGAAGUGACACAGAUCACAUGCUGACGUUUGCUUGACGCAGGUCACCUUGUCACCUGGCCUAGUCUGAGUUUUAUGGAGGUGGGGUGUGUAUAAGCCUCUCAUAAGGAGGAACACUGAAUAUGGGUGAGCAGUGGUCACGAUAGGAUUUCCUCCUCUCCCACGUGUAUCUCAAGCUUACCACCUCCCCAGAGAGACAACCCUAAGGUCCCAUUUUGUCUACUUUGUGCUCAAAGUCCAGCAUCUCUGAUUGAUGCCAGGGAUCUGUUUGAUGUCCAGAUGAUUCCUUUUGGUCUAGAGACCUGUUAACUAAAAGAAGCCAAGUUAUCUGCCUUCUCCAUACCCAAUAAACAAAGAUAGAGCACGGGUAGGGUGGUGAGGCCUGCUGGAGUCGUGGGGAGAUAUUGCAAGGGGCCUGUCGGGGUGAGAAACCUUCCUUGGCGAGGCCCGGGUUCUGCUCCCAGGUGGCUCCCAGCUCGUUGCUCUCCAUGGCCCCUGCCUCUGUGUUCUGGAAGGUCCUUCCUUGUCUGUUAGCUUCUUUGGCUUCAUUUGAUGAAGGCCUUCUUAGGGGCUAGGCAGCAGCUCUGCUUUUUGCCCCUUGCCUCAAAUAAUCUUGUUAAGGCUUAAACUUCCAGCAUUUUUUUAGGUUGUGGGUUUUUUGUUUGUUUGUUUUUUUGUUUUGUUUUGUUUUGGACAAUUUAACUCUCAUAAGGUAGUCCAAUUUAUAUCUUUAUCAUUGCAGCUAAUUCUAAUUAUUUUUGACAUGUGCAGUUUUAGGGGUGUGUGUGUUUUGUUUUGGGGUUUUUAGUCUAUACUGUUUCCUUAGGACCACCUCAUAACUUAGUCUCUUUCCCCUGAGCCAUUUUGUGCAACUGAAAGGGUUUCCUGGGGACCAACUUAAUCCAUUCUUAGGUUUUAACAGCAGCUGUGAUGGUCAUCCCUUAAUUGGUUGUUUGCCAUGAAAUUCACUUUUAGUCAGUCUUUGACUCUCAAAGCAUUUUUCAUAGUAUUUUUUUUCUCUAAGAAUUGGAAGAGGCAACUUUUUCAACCUCGACAGCAAAAGGUAAAAUUAGAAAAGCUUUGAAAGUUUUCUAAUCUUUCAAGAUCCAAAAUUUCUAGUAUCUCCUUACUCUCUUUUUAUUCCUACUUGCAAACUUGCUUCUUUUCCCCUGAGCUCCUCAAUUCCCUAGAGUAUUUUAUCAAAUGCAGUGAAUAGUAACUGAGAUGUACUACUAACUUUCUGUUCUCCAACCUCUGUUCCUAAAAGUUAAGUCCAUGAGAUAAUAAUAUUUGACUUUAAAUUUAUCGAUGAAUGCACAGCUCUGAUUAUACUGAGAGCCACUGAUUGUUCACUUUAGUUGGAUUGUAUGUGUGUGAAUAAAACUAAAGUUAUCGUAAGUAACACGAGCAUAAAAUAUUUAGCCACUGAAUAAAAUAGAUUGCCAUUCUUGCAGUUUCCUUGCACUGCCUGUUGUUAGGGUUGAUGCUGUUUAUUUUGUUACAGUACCUAUUUAUUUACCAGUUAAGUCAACAAGAUUUUUAUGUUCCUCAUAUUACCUGUCCCAUAAUGAUAGGUCAGCUUUGGUUUUGCUCCUUUCAGCUUACUCGGGUUCCCAGCGAGAGGAGCAUUUUUUCUCUAACAUUGUUGAUCCUCGUGACAGAGGGAGAAGGUAACGUGGUGCCUUGGCUGUGGCCUCUAGAGCUUCUGCGUAGAAGGGACGUGCAUCACUUCCAUUCGUAUGUCAUUGGCCAAAGAAAGACAACUGGGGUUAUAAAUCUGGUCACGUGAGUGCAACAGGAAGGGGAUGUAGAAUCACUCUGGAGAGAAAGGCCCCACAAGAAGGGGCACUGAAUACAGAUGAACAGAAAUAUAGUCAGCCACCCCUGAAUAUUUGCUUGUAUUUUCCACAGGAACUUUUGAAUCAAUUUGUCCAUAUAUCCAAGAACAUGUUUCAUUAUCAUAAUGUUAUAUUAGUUUACUGAGUUAAGGAGAAUUGACAUGGAGUCUUUCCAAAACAUGGUGUGUUUUUCUGUUUGUUUUGCUCUUGUGUCCUUCAGGGUUUCUUUUGUCUCAUUCAGUUUUGUACAGUUUUGUUAAAUGUAUUGCUGGGUAUUAUAUCUUUCUACUGUUGUUGUCAUAGUAUGAGAGUUCUUAUACAUAUGCAGACCCUUGGUUUUAUUUAUUCUUUUUAUAGUCUGCUAAUUUACUGAAUUUUCCUACUAUUUGAAGUAGUUUUUAGGUGAUUCUCUUGGACUUUCUAGUUGUGAAUUAUAUGCAAAUUAUCAUUUUAACUUUUGUCUCUUCUCAGUGCACUAAUACCACUCAUACAGCAUUAAAUAAUAUGGUGAUGGGACCUCCUUAUCAUCCACUGUUUCCCCAUUUUAAUAUUGAGCUUUCCUUUACUGCUAGAAUAAACUCAGAAAAUUCCUUCUCAGUCAUUAUGGUUUAUUUUUCUUCCUCUGUCAGUAAAUAUUAUUAGUGUUUCCUCAGAUUCUGUACUUACUACUUUUCUCCUCUCAAUCUUUUAGGUUCUCUUUGAGCCAUUUCAUUCACUCUGAUUGCUUCAGCUACCACUGAAAUGCUGAUGCUUCCCAAGUCUUUAUCUUCAGCUUAGAGCCCUCUCCUGAGCUCUAGGAUCAUAUAUCCAGCUGCCAAUUGGACAUCCCCACACAUUGGACCACAGAUAUACAACAGGACAAGCCCAAGAGCCAUCUCACUUCUCUGUCAUAUUCUUCAUCCUUUUUCCCAAUUUCAGUUUACAACUCCAGUGUCUACCCAGCUGCCCAUGCAGACACCUGGACGUAAAACUCCCCGUUCACCCUGUGCACAGCAGAUUAGGACCAGGCUCUGCUGCUGCCUUCGUUUUUAUAUUUCUUUAUUUUUUGUUAGGAUUGGCUCCCUAUUCUGCAUUCUUAGACUUUGUUACUUCAGUGUCUCCCUUGUUUCUUCCCCUUCGACUCUCCCUUCAGCCACCCUCCACCCCCUUCUAGAAAAUGAGCAUCCCCAUGCAGAUCCGACAGUGGGACUCAAUUCUUUUUACCCCUGUGGUUUCUGCAGUGGAGGAUGUUCACCCUGGGCUGGACACAAGCAAUCUGUUGGAAUGUGGAGAAGUAUUAGAAGAUCUGUGUACAUAAUUUUAAUUUAUAACAAAAGUGUGUGCAUAAAAAAUGUUAUUGUUGAGAUAAAUUGUCAAAUAUAUAAAUGCAGAAUUCCUGCAUUAGCAGUUCCUUGAACACCUUUACUGCCCUUGUCUCUCGUCACAGCCCAGACCCCACUCAGCUGGGCACUGGCCUGUGCCUCUAUCAGCCUGUUGUAUGUCCUUCAUGCCUCCACGGAUGAACUUAAGUUAUUGCCUCCUAUUCGUGAGAACACAUUCCUUUUGAAGGCAUAAAUGUCUUUGGCUCUUCGUUGAAGCUCAGCUUGAUAAUACAAAAUAGAACUAUUUUUUUCCCUCCUUUGUAAACCUUGAACGUGUUUCCUACUUAGUUCCUCUAACACAUUUUUUCAGGUAUGUGUUUCUAUUUAUCUGUCCAUACCAGACUGUAAGCUUCCUUUAGGAGCAGAAUUUUAUUCACCAUUUUAUUCCUAGCACUGGGGACAAUUCUAGACAUAUAAGAGAAACUUAGUAAUAAUAUUUUUAGGAUUUAAUAAAUUGUUAGAGAGGCAGGAUAUUUCUAUGACUUCUCUUUCUCCCUUAAUACAGAGUAUAGAGGCAGGUACAUAGUAUUUUAUGAAAGUCUUACAUACACACACACACAGAAUGGGUGCCCACACAUCUUGUCCUUGUGAGCCAGCAUCUGAUGAAUUAAGGAGGAAUGUGCCAUUACAGGGUCGGUGUCUUUUGAGGACGUGGCUGUGGGCUUCACCCAGGAGUAGUGGCAGCUCCUACACCCUGCUCAGAGGACCCUGUGCAGGGAUGUGAUGCUGGAGAACUACAGCAGCCUGCUGUCCCUGGGGCAUUGCAUUCCUAAACCUGCGGUGGUCUUCAAGUUGGAGCAAGGACAGGAGCCCUGGACAUUAGAAGAACUCUCCAGCCAGAGCCUCCCAGAUAUCCAGAAAAUAGAUGACAUGGUUGAGAGGAGCCAGGAAAAUCAAGGCAAACGUUUUUGGCAAGUUGUAAUCACCAACAACAAAACAACUGAGAAAGUUGAAUUAGGAAAAACAUUUAAUUUGAGCACAACCUUAUUUCCUUUAAGAAAAGUAACCUGUGGAAUGAGUUCAAACCAUAUUUCAAAACUGAUUAUAAAUAAUGGAAACUAUUCAGGAAUAAAACCUACAGACUUUAAGGUGUGUAAGAACUUGCUUCUCCCUGUUAACCCUGAUCGGAUGCAUGCUGGAGAGAAACCUUAUGACCUUAAUCUAUUUGGGAAAUCUCUCAGACAGAAUGAACAGUUUAUUUAUCAUCAGAAUAUUCAGACUUUUGAAUAUAGUGGACAAGGAAAGGCCUUCAACAAGGAGGCAAUAUUCUUUACAGGCAAAAGUGAUGUGGAAAAGAAACCCAGUAAAUCUAAUGAAUAUGGAAAAACCUGUGAUGAGUCAGCUCUCAUUGUGCAAGAAAUAACACAAGUAGGAGAGAAUCAGUAUAAAUGUAAGGAAUAUAGGAAAACUUCUUGUGAUAAAACAACACUAUUUAAUCCUUGUAGAGCUCAUGUGGAGGUAAAACACCAUAAAUGUAAUCAAAGUGAGAAUGAUUUCACUCAGUUUCAGGGAACUCAUUCUGGAGAAAGAACUUUUGAAUGUAAUGUAUGGGGGAAAACUUUCUGCAAAAAGUCUAACCUCACUAAACAUCAAAAAGCACACACAGGGGAGAAACUGUAUAAAUGUAUCAAAUGUGGGAAAGCCUUCACUGGCAAAUCAACCCUUACAGUACAUCAGAGAACACAUACAGGGGAGAAACCCUAUGCCUGUAAUGAAUGUGAGAAAUCCUUCUGCCAUAAGUCAGACCUAACCGUUCAUCAGAAAAUCCAGACAGGGGAGAAACCCUAUGGAUGCAAUGAAUGUGGCUAAACUUUCUACCAGAAGUCAGCCCUCACCGCACAUCAGAGAACUCACAAGGAGGAGAAGCCUCAUGAAUGCAAUGAGUGUGGUAA